AUGCCUUGGUCGCCCACCCAUUCUUUCCCUCAUCCAUUGGCAAACUUACAUGCAUCUUCUUCAAAAGGAAGCGUGAUGAAUUACCUAUCAUACAUGUUCGUUGAAAUACUCACGUGGGAGGGAUUGGGAGACGUAAUCAACUCCUUCAGAUGCAAAACGCUGGGACUCAAGCCUCUGGACAGAUCUUCUGGACCAACGAUCUUAUCUCAACUCCGUAUACCGUACACCUACUGCUGGUCGCCUACUCUAAUAAGAAGACCUGAAGAUUGGGCUGCGCACAUAUCCAUUUUGGGUUUUUACUUUUUGCCCAUGUCAUCUCCAUACACUCCCCCUCCUGAAUUGGAGGAAUUUCUCAAUGGGCCACCACCGAUAUACAUCGGAUUUGGCUCCAUAAUUGUCGAUGACCCCAAGAAACUUACUUUACUGUUGUUGGAAGCAGUAAAGCUGGCCGGGGUACGAGCCAUUAUCUCACAAGGAUGGGGCGAAUUGGGCAGUGAAGACUUGAUGAUUCCUCCCAACGUUCAUUUUAUAGGAAGUUGUCCACAUGACUGGAUUUUUCAAAAGAUUUCUUGCGUGGUACACCACGGUGGCGCCGGUACAACGGCUGCAGCUAUGGCUUGUGGAAAGCCUUCAAUUAUCGUCCCCUUCUUUGGUGAUCAGCCUUUCUGGGGGGAGAUGAUCGCGAAAAUAGGGGCAGGCCCCAAGCCUAUUCCGUUCAAAAAGCUAACUGCGCCCGAUCUCGCUGCGGCUAUCGGCGCUGCCCUUGAGCCAGAUAUCAAGCAGAGAGCAAAAGAACUCGGGGAGCAAAUUCGUACCGAGAGCGGCGUCGAUGCUGGAGUCACUUCAUUCCACCAUCACCUUGAGCAUUCUGAUCUGAGUUGCAGAAUCGUAAACUCGCUCCCAGCGGCUUGGAAAAUUCGAGGAACAGACAUUCAGAUCGGCUCUAGUGGUGUGGCGCUUCUGGUUAACAGAGGUUUGCUUAGUACUGACAAAAUUGAGCUGUAUGUAUAUGAUCAGUGGAUAUUAUCAUGGCUACCUAAGUUAACUAUAUUGUUUUAG